CCCAGGCCGUGCACGUUAGCGGUCUGCACCUCACGACUGGGCACGGUGUUCCUUCACUUCCGAGGACGACGGCAGGCGCCGUCGAGGAUCAUGGAGCUGGGCGUGGUGGAGCUGACAAUCGCGCUUCUGGGUGUCGCAGCGUUGGCACUGCUGGCGCUUUGGAUAUACCGCAUGGUGCAGUAUCGCAAGGCCGUGAGGCGCUCACAAGCUCGCUGGUUGGGCUACGAGCCAGCACCUGUACUCACGGAGGACGAGCUGGGUCUCAACUGGCCCACGCUCAAGCCUAUUCUACUGUCGCCAAUACCCGAAGAGAGACACGAGAGCGGACGUGAGUCGGAGAAUGACUCGAUAAUGUCGGCGCGGAGGGAUUCACUGCGGCUGAGCUCCAUAUCCGUCAUCGCCUACGGGAGCUUUGACCAGCCUGUGGCCAGGACUGCCAAGGUUUAAGCCAGACUAGUGGCUGUAGGAGGGUGCUAAUAAGCGGUGCCGGUGGUCGUGUGGCUCUGCCUCGUCUAAGGGCGACACGGCGUUAACACCCAGUGGUUAACAG